GGCACGGGCUGGCUACGCGGCGCCCGCGGCCGCCCGCUGCACCAUGCCGCUGCCGCUGCCGCCGCGGCGGCUCCUCCUCUCCGCCUCCCGCGCGGGAGCGCGCCCCGCUCCACUCCCCGGCUGCCUCCUGCAGCAGCGGCCGCGCUGAGGGAGUUGCGCCAGCGCUGCCCAAUGUGGCAAGAGGCGAUGAUGAUGAGGAGGAGACGUCGCUACCUGCUGGAGCGGGCAGAGCAGGAGGGCGGCGGCGGGGCGAACGGCGAGCAAUCCCGUUCCCGGGACUGGCUGUACGAGUCCUACUACUGCAUGAGCCAGCAGCACCCGCUUAUCGUCUUCCUGCUCCUCAUCGUGAUGGGCGCCUGCCUGGCCUUGCUCGUCGUCUUCUUCGCCUCCGGGCUGGAAAUUGAAGACCAUGUGGCAUUUUUAAUAACUGUCCCCACAGCCCUAGCCAUCUUUUUUGCUAUCUUUAUCCUGGUCUGCGUGGAACCUGUGUUUAAGAAGCUGCUUCGUAUAUUUUCUCUGGUGGUCUGGGUGUGCCUCGUUGCCAUGGGAUAUCUCUUUAUGUGUUUUGGAGGAAUCAUCUGCCCCUGGGACCAGGUUUCAUUUUUCCUGUUCAUUGUUUUUGUGGUGUACACCAUGCUGCCCUUCAACAUGAGGGAUGCUAUAGUGGCCAGCGUGUUGACCUCUGCAUCUCACACCAUUGUGCUGAGCAUCUGUCUAUCAGGGACAGCUGUUGUCAAGGAACACUUGGUUUGGCAGAUUCUGGCCAACAUGAUCAUUUUUGUCUGCGGGAACCUGGCAGGAGCAUACCACAAGCACCUGAUGGAGCUGGCGCUGCAGCAGACGUACCAGGACACCUGCAACUGCAUCAAGUCCCGCAUCAAGUUAGAGUUUGAGAAGAGGCAACAGGAACGUCUUUUGCUUUCUUUACUGCCUGCUCACAUUGCCAUGGAAAUGAAAGCAGAGAUCAUUCAGAGGUUACAAGGUCCCAAGGCUGGCCAGCUGGAGAACACCAACAACUUCCACAACUUGUAUGUCAAAAGGCACACCAACGUCAGCAUCCUGUACGCCGACAUCGUGGGGUUCACGCGCCUGGCCAGUGACUGCUCUCCAGGGGAGCUGGUGCACAUGCUGAACGAGCUGUUCGGCAAGUUCGAUCAGAUAGCAAAGGAAAAUGAAUGCAUGAGGAUUAAAAUCCUAGGGGAUUGCUAUUACUGUGUUUCUGGGCUACCUAUAUCACUGCAAAAUCAUGCCAAGAACUGUGUGAAAAUGGGACUGGACAUGUGUGAAGCCAUUAAGAAGGUGAGAGAUGCGACUGGAGUGGAUAUCAAUAUGCGCGUGGGAGUGCACUCCGGGAACGUGCUGUGCGGAGUCAUCGGCCUGCAGAAGUGGCAGUAUGAUGUGUGGUCGCAUGAUGUGACUCUGGCUAACCACAUGGAAGCUGGAGGGGUGCCAGGCCGUGUUCACAUCACCUCAGUCACCUUAGCACAUUUGAAUGGAGCUUACAAAGUGGAAGAUGGGGACGGAGAUGUGAGGGACCCUUACCUGAAAGAGCAUAAUGUUAAGACUUACUUUGUAAUCAAUCCUAAGGGAGAGAAGAGAAGCCCUCAGCACCACAUUAGACCUCGACACACUCUUGAUGGGGCCAAAAUGAGAGCUUCUGUCCGCAUGACCCGGUACCUGGAAUCUUGGGGAGCAGCCAAGCCAUUUGCACACUUGCACCACAGGGACAGCAUGACCACUGAAAACGGCAAGAUUAGCACAACAGAUGUUCCAAUGGGGCAGUAUCAUUUUCAGCGUUGCAGAGAAAGAACAAAGUCACAGAAAAGAAGAUUUGAGGAGGAACUGAAUGAGAGGAUGAUCCAGGCCAUUGAUGGAAUCAAUGCUCAGAAGCAGUGGCUGAAAUCUGAGGACAUUCAAAGAAUAUCACUUCUUUUCUAUAAUAAGACUCUGGAAAAAGAGUACAGAGCAACUACUCUGCCUGCAUUUAAGUACUAUGUGACUUGUGCCUGUCUCAUAUUCUUCUGCAUUUUUGUGGUGCAGAUUCUGGUGUUGCCAAAAACAUCUAUUCUUGGAAUUUCAUUUGGGGCUGCAUUUCUCUUGCUUUCCUUCAUUUUGUUUAUCUGCUUUGCUGGACAGCUUUUGCAAUGCAGCAAGAAGGCUUCAGCUUUAUUGUUGUGGAUCCUGAAGUCAUCUGGGAUAAUUGCAAACCGUCCUUGGCCACGGAUCACUCUCACAUUGACCACCACUGCUAUAAUACUAACCAUGGCUGUAUUCAACAUGUUUUUCCUGGAUAACACUGUGAAAGCUUUUCCCUCUGUGCUUAAUUCAUCAAAUGCAAGUUUUCCUAAUGCAAGCAAUCAGACCCAGUGGUGUAUACAGAGCAACUGCUUUUUCCUCCCGUAUUUUAUCUACAGCUGCAUUUUGGGACUCAUUUCCUGUUCUGUUUUCCUGAGGAUAAAUUAUGAGUUGAAAAUGGUGAUAAUGUUGGUUGCACUGGUGGGUUACAACGUUAUCCUUCUGCACACUCAUGGGCCCCUACUGGAUGACUACAGCAAGUUUAUGUAUGCAACAGAAUCUCUUAGAAGGCCAGGAAUACUGAAGGACCUGAAGACAAUGGGCUCCAUCUCUUUGUUCAUCUUCUUCAUCACCUUACUGGUUUUGGGCAGACAGAAUGAAUAUUACUGUAGGUUGGACUUCCUGUGGAAGAACAAGUUCAAUAAAGAGCGGGAGGAGAUUGAAACCAUGGAGAACCUGAACCGCGUGCUCCUGGAGAACGUGCUGCCGGCCCACGUGGCCGAACACUUCCUGGCACGGAACCUGAAGAAUGAGGAUCUCUACCACCAGUCUUACGACUGCGUCUGUGUCAUGUUCGCCUCCGUUCCGGAUUUCAAGGAAUUCUACACAGAAUCUGAUGUCAAUAAGGAAGGGUUGGAAUGCCUCAGGCUGCUGAAUGAGAUCAUUGCUGACUUUGAUGAUUUACUGUCAAAGCCCAAAUUCAGUGGAGUUGAAAAGAUAAAGACCAUUGGAAGCACUUACAUGGCAGCAACAGGACUGAGUGCUACACCCAACCAAGAACAGUGUCAGGAGCCCGAGCGGCAAUACAUGCACAUAGGCACCAUGGUGGAGUUCGCCUUUGCCUUGGUGGCCAAACUGGACGUCAUAAACAAGCACUCCUUCAAUGACUUCAAGCUACGAGUAGGUAUCAACCAUGGACCUGUAAUAGCUGGAGUAAUUGGAGCUCAAAAACCACAAUAUGAUAUCUGGGGCAAUACAGUAAAUGUGGCCAGCAGGAUGGACAGCACUGGUGUCUUAGAUAAAAUACAGGUUACAGAGGAGACAAACAACGUCCUGCAGACACUGGGGUACAUGAGCACUUGCAGAGGAAUAAUAAAUGUCAAAGGAAAAGGGGAACUGAAGACAUACUUCGUACACACUGAAAUGACCAGAUCCCUUUCACAAGGGAACGUGGCAUCUUGAAGGUGCUUGUACAUGUCAUCAGUACCAUACUUUCAGGAAAGCAUCACACACUUUUUAACUGCAUUUUGGCCCUUAACAUGCGUGCUGUUUUCUGGUAUGUGGCACUUACUUUACUCUGGCUGCAGAAGUCCCAUGAGCCAUCAUCUUGCACCUUGAUAUCCCUGCGGUCAAGGGCAGUUGCGAUGUACGCUGGAAGAUUGUACUGCUACCUGCACUGUUAUUCAGAGACAAGACAAGGAGGAGUUAACUCAUCUUGAAAGGACUAAGAUGCUAGUGGCAAUUGGGGGGGAAAAGGCAAUAAAGCUAGGGGUGCAUACUAUUUUCUGAUGCAUGUUGUUUUCUGGAAAAUAAAGUUGCUCCCCAAUAGCAUCCACUAAUCUGGUAUUAAAGUCCACAGUAUUUGUAUCUCAGUUUACUCUGUCUACAUAUGAUUUGGUUGUGAUUACCAGUUGCAUCUCAUAGCCAGGGACACCUUGGGUGGCUUGCUGGCCUUCUCUGUGAAGAGAGAACUGACAAUGCUGGAAUAGUUUUGUACAAAGGUGUCAAAUGUUUUGAAGCUAUUGUCUUUUGUAAGGUUAAUUCAUUAAAAUUUGUAUGUACUUUGUCUUACUGUUGCAGUCUCUUAGUUUUGCUUCCUUCCUUCCAUGGCUUCUGGUGCUCUGAACCUGUGCAUCUGCUGCUGCUGCUGCCAUUGCUGCUUUUAUAUUGAGCAAUUAGAUGUUGAGGCAGACUAAGGGCCAGCUGUGUCCAUGACCUUGGUCAAUAAUACCUGCUAGACAUCCUAUUGCCUUUCAGAAAUGGCAUCACCUCUAUUGUAGUCAGGUUUGGGUGGCAUCCUAAGCACUUUGCAGUCAUUUACUCCCUAGGUGAUGUAAGCCAUUGAAGUCAUUUACUCCCUAGGUGAUGGAAGCCAUUGGAACAGGCUGCCCAGAGUGGUGGUGGAGCAGCUGGCCCUGGAGGAGGUGUUCAAGAAAAGACUUAGUGCCAUGGUCUAGUUGACUGGCUAGGGCUGGGUGCUAGGUUGGACUGGAUGAUCUUGGAGGUCUCUUCCAACCUGGUUGAUUCUAUGAUUCUAGGACUUAGUCCCUAAAACAAGCAAUGUGUAGGGUACUGGAGACGGUAGCAGUAUUGCUACUUUGCAUCUGGCCUGCUGCAGUGCUUUAAACAAUAUUAGGAGAAGCUGUACAAAAGAAGAAAGAAAUGUGUUUAUUUUGUACUUUGACAGCCUCUUCUGCCCUUGCAUGCCUUUCAGUUAAGCUUUCCAGUGCCAGAUGUCAUGGGAUAGUUAAUAUCAUCUGAUCUACCAAGUAUGACCAGAAGAUACAACAAAUGCUAUCUUGUGGAUCUUUGAUAUUCAUUUAACUUAUGUUGAAUUAAGAAGUAUUGCACCUGCUGAGUUCCAUAGAUGGACCAGAUGAAAGAUUGAAAAUGCAGGUAUUUGUACUGUCUUUGCUUCUUUGAAGCAGGGGUGGCUGAGAUUAAUUUUUGCUUUGCUAUCAUUAGUACUUGAAAUGGACAUAUUAUUUUAGCCAUAACAUCCUAAAGUGACUAUAAUUAAUACAAGCAUCCUAUUUACAAAAUAGCAUAUCAUAUCACUGCAAGGGGCUGGGUGUUAGCAGGAAGUUCUUGCCAGAGAGAGUGAUUUGCCAUUGGAAUGGGCUGCCCAGGGAGGUGGGGGAGUGCCCAUCCCUGGAGGUGUUCAAGCAAAGCCUGGCUGAGGCACUUAGUGCCAUGGUCUGGUUGACUGGCUAGGGCUGGGUGCUAGGUUGGACUGGAUGAGCUUGGAGGUCUCUUCCAACCUAGCUGAAUCUAUGAUUCUGUGACUUAUGCCAUAUGAAUAUAAACAUCAUCUUAUGCACUAUCAGCUCUGGCAUGGUAUUGUAGUGCAAGAAGUAUUCCAAGUUGUCACUCGUGAAGCAUUUAUUUAGAUGGUACUGCACUGGUGCCCUUUCAGAAGGAACUCUUAACACUGUGGGGCACAAAUAAAUGGUAUCAGGCCAGCAUUUCAGAGUGUGCCAGAGUUUACUCACAGAAGCCAUCAGCCCACUAACCAGCUGGAAUGGCAGCAGAUUUCAACCCCCCUGCUUUUGCAGUAUUGAUCCUUUAAGUUAGUCUAAAUGCACAAUCCAAGUUAUUUCAGUUAUGUCCAACAUAACACACUUGAUGUCUCAACCAGAGAUGGAGGCUCUGGAUCAGUAAUUGUCAGGUGCUCAGUCCAAUAAAAACCCAUUCAAAAUACGUUGUUGUCUUUAUGAUUUCUUCCUUUUAAUCAAUAACUUAAGAUAAAUCUCUUCCACUGGAAUGAAAGACUCUGAAUACCUCACAGAGCAGUAGAACAACACUCUGGUCAAGGCCUUAAAUAAGCUAUCACUUAGCUAUGCUCAAAUCUUCUCCUAAAUCCCUUCUCUCCACUUAACUAUAAAUUUGUCAUAGAAAGUUUGUUGUUUGGUUUUAUUUUAAUUACUAAUUUCUUAGGCUUUUGACGUAGUUUGGACCCUUAAAAUCAUUCUGGUAUUACCACAGGUCAAAGAAAUAAUUUCUCACUGUUGGUGAAAGCCUUUUAUGCAAAGUUGAUUAUGCUGUGUUGUUGUAUCUAUGUGCAGCUUCCAGGUAUAACCUGUACAUUUUGCUUGGCAUUUGUAUUCUUGCAUAACAGCAGGAAACAUUGUACCUAACUUGGGAGCCUUGUUUAUAUGAUUUUUACAGCAGUUAAAGAAUGAUAUUUCUGUAAGCCAUGAAAUGUUAGAAAAUGUGAAUGUCCUUGAGCUGAGUGGUGCAAUGACCUAUAAGGAAAUUUAUAUCCAUUCCCUCCAGGAGCAUGUUGGAAAUGUCUUUAUCAGAGCACUCAUGUUUCACUGAUGGGCUUCUCUCAUUGUGUAGUUGCAUUUGGAUUCUUGCAGCCACUUUCUGCUGGAGAACAAGAAACUGGGGCAAAAGACAAUUGUAUGAUGCCCAGACAAAGAAAGAUGCAUACCAUCCAAAGAAAGAUGCAUACCAUCCUCUCUCUAGUCUCCAGCUGCUCAGUAUUAUUAUCUUUCUAGAGCUGAGAAGCCAUUUGUAUCCAAUAAAUACCUUUGGUCUUCCAUUUUA